GAAGAACGCGUCACAUGACCAGAACUCUGUAAUCACCGCCCAUGCUAUAAACAACACAACGUGGGAACUGAAAACAACACCAGCUGGAUAGUAUAUACAUAAAACAGGACCAUGCGUCGGCUGGGCUCCGUGCAGCACAAGAUCCCGUGCGUGUUUCUCACGGAGGUGAAGGAGGAGCAGUCCCGGAAACGCGACUGUCAGCAAUUCCAGGUGGUUGCCACAGAGAACGUGAACCCUGUUGCUCUGGAGGCCAACAUCCACUGCGCCGUCGCCACGGAGAAGAUAGAUGGCACCUGCUGCUACGUUACACUUCAUAAGGGUCGGCCUCACCUGUGGGCCCGCCUCGACAGGAAGCCGAACAAACAGGCGGAAGAAGAGUUAAAAAAACAUCAGCAUCAACACCGCAGCUGUAAAGGUUUCUCGUGGAACGUAGAGGAGGACUUUAAGACGGUGCCGGAGGCGUGGAUCCCCGCUCACAGAGUCCAACACCACAACGGACACCCGGUCCCCGAUGAACACGGACACAUCCCAGGCUGGGUCCCGGUGCAGAAAGAUAACAAGCAGUACUGCUGGCACUGCUCCGUGCUGGACCCCGAGGGGAUGGCGGUUCUGGUUCUGAGGCCCGGCGUCGACGAUGAAGACGAGCUGGAAGUGGCUGCCGUGCCGCUGGCCGACCUGCUGGAACAAACUCUGGAACUCAUCGGAACAAACGUCAACGGGAACCCUUACGGUCUGGGCAGUAAGAAGCAGCCGCUGCAGUGCCUGGUGUCUCACGGGAGCGUCGGGGUCAGGAACCCCCCGUCUGUGGACUUCCAGCAGCUCACCUCCUGGUUGAGGGAGAGUCCGGAGGGCCGGGUGGAGGGCAUCGUGUGGCACUGCAGCGACGGCACGCUCAUCAAGGUCCAUCGUCACCACCUGGGGCUGCGGUGGCCGGACGAGGAGACACGCCUGGGGGCGCGACCGGUGGUCGUCCACGUGGACGGUCCCCUCGGUGAAUUCAUCGACAGCAAGGACUUGUUCUCGUCCUUCUCCAGACUCAACGGGCAGCGCUUCGGCCGAUUGCGGGACAUCCAGUUUGACUUGUAGACAGAGACGACCAAACCUUUUCCCCGAAGCUUCUUCUGUGACGGAAGCAGCUAGAUGAUGUCUCCAGUAAUUCCUUUUACUCUGCAGAAACGAGUACAGCUUCAACGAAGAAACGACUGACCAAAUGUUCCCAAAGUUAUCUGUAAAUACUGUACGUUAAGUGAAGAAUAAACAACGAGUAUGUUAGUA